CACUCCGCUAAUUUUUGUAUUUUUAGUAGAGACUGGGUUUCGCCAUGUUGGCCAGGCUGGUCUCGAACUCCUGAUUUCGGGUGAUCCGCCCUCCUCGGCCUUCUAAAGUACUAGGAUUACAAGCCUAAGCCACCGCACCCGGCCUAAUUUGUUUGGUUUUCCAGUAAGCACUGUGGUGUAUGUGCUGUUAAUUGUCUCUGGUGGACUCCACAAGCUUAAUGUACACAGUGCUGGGCUGGUGCCAUGGCUGCUUCUCUGAAAAGUUUUUGACAUCACACCGAAUGGCUGAGACACUACGAACAUUUUACUUUUCAUCUCAACCUUGUGUCCAGCAAAGGUGCUUGUCUAGUUUCUGUAGCUGUUUGAAUGAAAGGCGCAAAUUUGGUGUGCUGCUGAGAAUGGAGCAGACCUGGCACUGGGUGUGAUCUAAGAGACGGGGGUGAAGAGAUGAGUCAAGUUGCCUGUGACAUUUGUGACACAUGGUGCUCAGAUUCACCUUGCUGUCUGGAGGGCCCACCCUCAAAGCCACUAAACAUGACGACAUUAGCCAAGUCCUCUGAUCUCUCUAGACAGCAGUUUUCUCCUAAGACAAGAUGGCUUUUUGGCCAUUGGCUGAAGUAAGCCAGGUGAUUUUAAACAAUGCAUUAAGCUCUUCUGAAAUCUAACAGCCUUGUUCCAAGCUGCUCGCUAUGGAGAAGAGCGCGCUGAGGGAAAGAGGCCUGUAGUGUUUUGCCAGUGGUGUCGGAUGGGCUACUCAGUCCCAGCACUUGAAAGUUGCAAACCUAGUCAAGAAAGUGCACACAGUACUUCACCUUUUUAUGAGAUAUAAUUACAUUGACAUGACGCCUUCUGAUUUACCCGUGACUCGGGGGGUUUCCAAAAUCCAAACACUUCCAGACUGGGGCCCGUCAAUCAGCUUCCUCUUGCUUUUCGUGGACUCCCAAACUGUGGAAACCUGCUGGUGUUUUGCUGCGGUUUCAUUUCCCUCUGCGGAGGAGCCAGGGCAACCUCGGCCAGACAGGCACCCAGCUGCGCCCUUCUUUCCAGGGCCUCUUCACUCAGCUGACUCUCCUGGCCUGCCUAAUGCUCCUGGCUGAGACGGUGUCCUGGCUUCCUCUAACAGGUUGGCGAGAAGUUGAUCUGCAAACGCGAGGCAGAGCAGGAGUGUCCUUAUUCGGUAGGCCUCUGAUGGGCCACCAGGUCCGUCCGAAAGUCCUAGCCGAGUGAUUGACAGUGGCCAUUUCAAAGCCUGAUUUCACCUUUGCAACCACAAUCACGACCCAGAAUAAACUACUUCCAGGAAGCCAGUUAGUUGCACCUUGCCUGAAGUCAGUCUCCGGACUGCCUCUCAGGACCCCCGCCAGGGUUUCGGGUUCCCGCCUGGGUCACGUGUACGGAGGCUGCCAGUGCGCACUCAGCCCGGCCCGCCGGUCGCCAGAGCAACACCAAUCCCGGGUUCACUCCCGCCUCGGAAGUGCGGUCCCCGCCCGACAGCCCCCGGCUUAAGGGAGCCUGGCUAGGCCGGCAGCCAGAGGGUCCCGCAGCUUGGGGCCGGCCAUGCUUCGCGGCUCGUGGCGCCAGCUGUGGCUCUUUCUCCUGUUGCUGCUGCUGCUGCUGCUGCUCCCGGGCGCGCCUGAGCCCCGCGGCACCUCCAGGCCGUGGGAGGGAACCGACGAGCCGGGCUCGGCCUGGGCCUGGCCGGGCUUCCAGCGCCUGCAGGAGCAGCUCAGGGCGGCCGGCGCCCUCUCCAAGCGGUACUGGACGCUCUUCAGCUGCCAGGUGUGGCCGGACGACUGUGACGAGGACGAGGAGGCAGCCGCGAGGCCCCUGGGCUGGCGCCUUUCCCUGUUGGGCCAGCGGUACUUGGAUCUCCUGACCACGUGGUACUGCAGCUUCCAAGACUGCUGCCCCGGUGGGGAUUGCAGAAUCUCCAACAACUUUACAGGCUUAGAGUGGGACCUGAACGUGCGGCUGCAUGGCCAGCAUUUGGUCCGGCAGCUGGUCCUAAGAACAGUGAGGGGCUACUUAGAGACGCCCCAGCCAGACAAGGCCCUUGCUCUGUCGUUCCACGGCUGGUCUGGCACAGGCAAGAACUUCGUGGCACGGAUGCUGGUGGAGAACCUGUAUCGGGAUGGGCUGAUGAGUGACUGUGUCAGGAUGUUCAUCGCCACGUUCCACUUUCCUCACCGCAAAUAUGUGGACCUGUACAAGGAGCAGCUGAUGGGCCAGAUCCGGGAGACGCAGCAGCUCUGCCACCAGACCCUGUUCAUCUUCGAUGAGGCUGAGAAGCUACACCCAGGGCUGCUGGAGGUCCUUGAGCCACACUUAGAACGCCGGGCCCCUGAGGGCCACAGGGCCGAGUUUACAUGGACUAUCUUUCUGUUUCUCAGUAAUCUCAGGGGCGAUAUAAUCAAUGAGGUGGUCCUAAAGUUGCUCAAGGCUGGAUGGUCCCGGGAAGAAAUUACGAUGGAACACCUGGAGCCCCACCUCCAGGCAGAGAUUGUGGAGACCACAGACAAUGGCUUUGGCCACAGCCGUCUUGUGAAGGAAAACCUGAUUGACUCCUUCAUCCCCUUCCUGCCACUGGAGUACCGUCACGUGAGGCUGUGUGCACGGGAUGCCUUCCUGAGCCAGGAGCUCCUGUAUACAGAAGAGACACUGGAUGAAAUUGCCCAGAUGAUGGCGUUUUUCAUUUCUAACAACCAGAUGGCCCCACCUGGACCUGCCAACCAGUUCUGUGGCCCCCACCUAGGAACUGACUCAGCAGAAGAGAACAGCUUCGAUUCUCCAUGAUUUUACUCACCAAAUUAUCCUUAAAAACUCUGACCCCCCCCCAUUUUCUGAGAGACUGAUUUGGGUAAUAAUAAAACUCCGGUCUCUGGCACAGCCA